AAAUGUGUUACGCGGCCUGAUCAACGUUAAAAGCUCUGCUUUCAUUCCCUCAUUUGUGCCACAACGUUCGGAUCAUUUUAAUCUUCAUCUUCAAUCUCCAAAAUUCCCUAAGAAAAAACAAAAAAAUCAUUUACAAACAUUAUAUUACAAAUCUCCAUUCAAUGCUCAACCUUUCGAAAGAUUGAUUCUUUUUUCUUUUCUUGAAAUUAAAAUUGGGUUUGAUUGAAAUUGAAAUUAGUCUCUUCACUUCCGGUGGGGAAAUCAUGAUCAAUACGAGUUGAUUUCUUGCAGCACAAGAAACCAAAAGAUCAAAAAUCUUUUCUCUGCUUCGAAUAACAUAGUAGGAAAAUUGAAAAUCGGCUAUGGAUCGAAACAGGUUCGUUAGGCAGAAGAGCAACGCGGGCACGCCUAAUGCGCCUGCUUCACCAAUGAUGUCUCCUCUGUACCCGAACCGCCAUGCGAGGACAGGUUCAGUGGGAAUGUCGAAUCCAAGGAAAGCUCAGAACGCAAAAGCCGCUGCACAGAGGCUAGCACAUGUAAUGGCCAACCAAUAUGACGAUGAAGAUGAUGAUGAGGACGACCUUCUUGUAGACUAUGGCUCCACGGGUGGCUCAGGGAUUGGUCUUGCUGGUGGAAGGGCAAUGCGAUCUCGCUCUCCAAUAUUGUCAACUCGUACAGUUCAAGAGCAACCCUCCUCUGGAAUCACACCACCAGUUGGUAGAUCAUCUCUGGGUGGGAAUUAUGGAGACCAACCAGUAUCAGCUCGUUCAACACCACUUGGCAGGCCAUCUCAGUCAUCUUCCAUGGUCAAUUCUGUGGAUCAGCCUUCAUCUGCUUAUUCUGUAUCGGCUUCAAGACAUUCUCAGCCCACCAAUUCCAAUGUUGAACAACAACAACCUUCUUCUCAACAUUCUUAUUUUCAUGUAUCUACUCGGCCAUCCCAGGUUGCCAGUUCUGUUGAAUCGCCUACUUCUGGUCGUUCUGCAAUAUCUGCUAGACAAACUCCGGCGGCCAACAAUAUUUCUAAUGUUGAACAGCAUUUUCCAUAUGCUUAUUCUAAUAUAUCUUCUAGGACACCCCAAGUGGUAACCAGUUCUGUUGAACAGCCUACCUCUGCUCGUUCCAGCAUAAUGUCUAAUACUCGACCUUCUCAGCCCAACAGUGCCACCAUUGAACAGCCUACGUCUGCUCGUUCUAGCAUAAUGUCUAAUGCUCGACUUUCUCAGCCCAAUAGUGCCACCAUUGAACAGCCUUCAUCUGCUCGUUCUUCGAUGUCCAUCCGAACGUCUCAGGCUGCAACUUCUGUUGAACAACCUCCAUCUGCUCCUCGUUCUCCAUUAGUCACCCGCCCUCAUUUAGGAAUCAGGACGGUUCCAAUUGUUCCGGCUGUUGUUCCUUUGUCAGUUAAGCCAACAGCUUCUGCUGUUCCAAAUGAGGUUAAUGCAGAAAUUCGGAGAGAUAAAAGGUUGUCGCUUGACUUGGGGAGUAUGAAAGUAAGGGAAACUGCCCCUAAUCCCUCUGCUUCUGCUCUACAAGAUGAGCUUGAUAUGCUACAGGAAGAAAAUGAAAGCUUACUUGAAAAGCUUCGACUUGCAGAAGAAAGGUUUGAGGAAUCAGAGGCAAGAAUUCGGCAGCUGGAGCAACAGGUUGCUAAUCUUGGAGAAGGCACAACUUUGGAUGCCCGUCUUCUAAGCAGGCAAGAAGCAGCACUGCAACAGAGGGAGGCUGCUUUAAGAAUUGCAUUUCAAAAUCAUGGUAAUAGAAACAAUGAUGCCACAACUGAGCACCUUCACGAAACUGAGUUUGAACUGAAAUCACUUCAAAUUAUGACACAGAGAAUGAUAUUGACUCAGGAAGAGAUGGAAGAAGUUGUUCUAAAGAGGUGUUGGCUUGCUCGGUACUGGGGUCUGUGCGUUGAACAUGGCAUUCAAGCAGAACUAGCUAAAGAAAAACAUGAAUAUUGGUCAUCUUUUGCACCUCUGCCUGUUGAAGUUGUAUUAGCUGCAGGCCAGAAAGCUAGAGAACAGAACGACAACAAUGAUCUAGACGACAGAGAAUCAAGUCCACGUGACGUGAGUGAAUUUUCUGGUGAUGGAAACAUUGAGAACAUGCUUUUAGUUGAGAAAGGUCUACGGGAACUGGCUUCUUUAAAGGUAGAGGAUGCAGUGGUACUUGCAAUGGCUCGACAACGACGCACGAAUACAAUAAAAUCAGAUGAGUUGAAGCUACCAGCUGAGGGACAAUUUGAUGCAUUUGAAUUGACCCCUGAUGAGUCUCAAGAAGUACUCUUCAAGCAGGCUUGGCUUACAUAUUUUUGGAGAAGAGCCAAAAACCAUGGGGUGGAACCAGAUAUAGCAGAUGAUCGUUUACAAUUUUGGGUCAGCCACAACACCAAGGCAGCCACCUCACAAGAUGCAGUUGAUGUUGAACGUGGGCUUAUUGAACUGAAGAAGUUGAGUAUUGAUACCCAAUUAUGGGAAGAAUCUCGCAAAGAGCUUGACCAGGAAUUACGUAGAACACAAAGUCAGUCUGAAAUCUAGACAAAUGCAUUUAUAAAGUUUCGAUAUUCUUCUUAGCAUUUUAUUUACAUUUUGUCUAAAAUAUAUCACUGAAAAGUCUGUAAUAUAGUACCAUUAUAGUACUGAUAAUAUUUUAUUUUGAA